GCAUGCGCUACUCUCGCCACAAAACGAUCGAACAACCCGUGGAUCGGGGGUGGUACAGAGUACAGAGUCGUCGUUGAGCUAGUGUUUGGCAAUGUCUGGAAUGACUGGCGGUGUUGGAGAGGUCCAGUGUGCGACCGAUGAAGUCAAAGAAAUCGCCGAGAAGGUUCGUGGGGAGGCUGAGACGAAGACUGGUCGGCAGUUCUCAGAGUACGUAGCAGUACAGUUCUGUUCCCAGGUCGUGGCAGGGACGAAUUUCUUCAUCAAGGUGCAGGUGUCAGAAGGAGGGGAGUGUAUUCAUCUGAGGGUGUACCGAGACCUCCAGCAGACUCUGUCUCUCUCCGGUGUUCUCACUGACAAGACCCUCCAAGACCCCUUAAAAUACUUCUAGCUCAAUUACACGCUACUUCGAAGCUGCAUAAUGUAUAGCUAUUACACAACACUUGUCAUCUGAAAGAGCUCGGGAUCAUUAUGUGUUGAGCACUGUAGAGAUAUUUUACUGGAAUUUUAUGCAGAACUGAAGAUAAAUUAUAUUGAGGCCCG